AGUAGUCAACCUCACGUACACUUUGGUAGACAGGACAAUGCGGCGCCCGCGGGCAUUCACGUGCUCAAAGCUCAAGGCUGAGCCCCUUCCUCCGCCGACCCGAAAGCCGCUGGGCUAUGCCCUAACCUCGGCGACAACUAGUGUGCAAGCGAGUUCUCCUUGUCAGUGCGGAAAGUGCGGGGAAUCUCCGGCAGCAGCGUCGUCAUCCUCGCCGGCAUCACCAUCAUCGUCACAAUCCCCCUCGUCCUCCCGUAUCCGCGAGGCCACCUUUGCCGGGGGACACGGCUCCCGGACACCUCUCCUCGCGGAGGCACUCGGCCCGUCGAAUAACGGCUCCCCGGCCACCGCCGGCAGACCGCGGUUUCGACGGCUACCCCGGAACGCCCAUCUCCCUCGUCGAAGCGUGUUGAACAACCCGCCGCAGUUGCCGGCGCCGCCGUCGACGUCCCUCCUAGCAGCAGGAGGAGGAGAGCUGGAAGAACAAGGAGAAGAACGAGCCGGAGGCCUGCUGGCGCCGCCACCACCGCCGUCCGACCAGCGCAAGCGAGGGAGUGACAGAGGCGAGCCUCGUGGGAGCUUCGUCGCUCCCACUGUCGGCAAGCAGUUUGCCGCUUCUGCUGCCGCCUCGACACCAUCGAAGUCUGUUGCGGCUGAUGCUACUGCUGCUGCUGCCCCUACGACCGAAGCCGGGGGUUCUACGAGCAGGGCAACGGGCACUAAGCCUGCUACUGCUGCUGCUGCUGAUGCUGCCACCCCGGUGGCCGUCAGCGUCGAUGCAGCAGGGGACCAGAAGUCUUUCACCACAAUGUACUGCGAAGCCGGGGACUCGGUCGCCUCCUUCAUCAGGCCCGGCGUGACCUUCAUCAAGGUCGACUCGGCUGGAGUCGCCUCCGUUUCCGACGUUAGCGUCAUUCAGAACGACGGCAGCGCUAACAGCGGCAACAGCAGCAGCCGCAGCAGCAACAAUGCUGCGGGCAGCCGUGCUGGCAUGAAGGGCUUCGACGAAUGCAAGGCGCCCGCCACAGACGCGAGCGGCGUUUUCUCGAUGGGCUCAUCUUCAUCCAGAGCAGCCUUCGGCCGACGCCGCCGGCGCGUGGGCGGCUGACAAAGCAAGGAUUCACGGCGAACGGCGAGGAGAUCCCUCGAACGUUCCUGGCGCAAGCCGCGAGACUGCGGGAGGAGGCCGGCGAUGUGGGCUACACCGUGGCUGGUAAAUGAAUCAAUUGGAUUGAUUUGAAGAACGACCGUGCCGGGACGAGGGAUGAAGAUCUUCCGGUGUUUCGUAGCACCACCGGGUGGUGAGCAUGUGGUGAUUUUUUAGUCGCGGUAUUUCCAUCCUCCCCAGACGCUAACCAGAAGCCUCCUGCAGUAGUCAGCCCACCUCUCUGUAUGGUUCAUAAUUUUGAUGUAUCAGCCAGGGUUCACAAGAGCGUGGGGAAGGUUAAAAUAGAACGCGUCCUCCUUCCCUCCCCCCCCCGUUUUUUUCGGCCAGUCACAACAAGGGCUUGGUUGGCAAUUGAUCGGGCGUGUUUUUUUUUUUCUUGUAGUAUACAUCAGGCCCCGGAACUUUAGUUCAACCAACGUUGGUCGAGGAGUGUGUGUGGUCUGAUGUUGGUUGGAUACCUCGUUUUGUCGGUUUCAGGUCAGCUAUCGUACGCCGUCAUUAACAGGAGUCCAGGAGAGUUUCACGCGUUUCACGCCCAGUCCGUGAAAUGUGACGCAUGCCCUUCAUGUUGUGCCACUUAGGCUGGCCGUUGCUUGCGUUUGCUUGUUCUUUUUUUUUUUUUGCUUUCUCGGCGUGAUGUGAAAAUGUGCCGACAAGGGCAGUGGCGUCAGUCAACAACAGCUAGUAAACGCGCUCAUCGAUUUUUUAGAGCCUCUCCGUCCCAGCUGAUGCCAGGAAUAUUUUGGCUGUUGGUGCUGCUGCGUGCGUGUGGCGAUUUUUGCGGGAGCUUUCGAUUUGUGUGCAUGGGUCUGACUGGGUACAGCAGUAACCGUUUACAAUUGUAUGCAUACGAUGCUGCUUUGCUGUUGCAAUGCUGCUUUGCUAUUGCUUGAGGCGUGGCCCUCAUCACAGUACUAGCAUGUUGUAGUACCUGCAUUCGCACCCUCGAAACGGGAUAAAUCGAAUAAAACAGCAGCAGCGUGGUAUACUAUACAUCAUAGGUGUCGUAUCUUACAUACAGAAGUGUAUCGUGUGUAGACUACAUUUUCGUUGGACUAAUAGACGAUACAUACGAUAUCUUUGUGGUGCCGCUGUCCGUGUGCUGCUGAGGUCUGCAACGCCAGCGUACGGCGUCUAGAAGGCUGCACCAAUCAGGGCGGCCGGUAGGGUCCACGCGGGGGUUAAGGGGGGUGAACGUAUUGCGUAUGAAAGGUCCCCCAGGGUGGCCUCUUAACUAUUUGUUGUUGAUCGGGGAGUUGUUUGCGUUGAGUUUUGCCUGGCCAUCACUUUGGGUGACGCCCGCCUCAGGCGUGGGACUGGAAAUCCUUGACGGUUUCAUUUUUUCUUCUGUCUUCCCCUCGACGUGGAGGCAGUUGGGCAGACAGGACGGUUAUAUGUUCGUUUGUAUAAAUUGUACGGGCAGUCUACGCGUGAUACUAGAUUUGUGUCUCCCUGCAUGGUAUGGCUAGGAGAGAAGGGUCAGUCCUGCUGCUUUCGCCGUUGGUUUGUCGAGAAGAACCUUUCAGCCUGAUGGCGAACAGGAGCGUUGUGCUAUCGUGAGGUAUGAGGUGUGGGUUGUAGCACACCAAAACAAUUUUGUGUCGCCCAUGGUGGUGUUACUAUGCGGUUUCUUUUUUUGUAGUUUUUUUGCGAGAAAUCUCUUGUUCUUCGAAUGUUCGGCCCGCAAAAUAAUCGAAAGGUUAUGUUGCGGUGAUGUGGCCGCUCGAGGUCUCUUGACUGGCUUACUGGCAAAGAUGGCCAUUCUGAGGGUUCAAUUCCUUUGGCCUGGCUGCGCGAGCAUAUCCUCUUGAGACUUGUGUUCGUCUCAGCACGUCUUCGUCGGCGGCGGCACACGCAGAACUCACGCGUGCGCGAGGUGCGGGGUUUA